AUGAUUAAUAAAGAAUCAGAAGAUGAAGAUGAAGAGAUAGAUAAUAGAAAUGUGAAUGAAAUAGUAGAUGAAAUAGUGGAUAUGACUGAAAUAAUAGAUGUAGACAAAAUAGCAAAUAUAAAUGAAAUAGCUGAUAUAAAUGAGAUAAUAGAUGUAAAUGAAAUAACAAAUGAAAGAGAAGUAGUUGAAAUGGUAAAUGAAAUAAUAGAUAAAAGAAUGAAUAAAAAUAUGAACAAAAGGAUAAAUGAAAACAUGGAUGAAAAGGCCAAAAAAAAGGCAACCGAAAAUAUAAAUGAAAAAAGAGUUAAUAGAAAGGCAAACGAAAGAAUAAAUAAAAGAGCAAAUGAAAAAACAAAUGAAAAAGUGAAUGAAGAGACAAGUAAGAGAGUGAAUGAAGAAGUAAAUGAAAGGGUGAAUGAAGAGAUAAACAGAAGAGUAAAUGAAAAAGCAAAUGAAAGAAUGAAUGAAAAUAUAAACAAAACGGUAAAUGAAAAUAUGAGUAAAAAGAUAAAUGAAAAAAUAGAUGAAAGAGUAAACAAAAGGACAAAUGAAAAAGCAAGAGAAACAAUAAAUAGAGUAGUAGAUAAAAGAAAAAGAAUAGACAAAAAUGAAGCAAAUAAACAAGUAAAUAAAGGUACAAACAAAAAAAUGAAACAUAAGGUAGAUGAAGAGGUAAGCAAAAGGAUAAGCAAAAGUGUAACCAAAAAGAUGAAUAAAAUGAUAAAUAAAGAAGUAGAUAAAAUUAUGAGUGAAGAGGUAGAUGAAAUAAUAGAUGAAGAAAUAGAAUUACCUGAAGCCAACGAAUUAUUAUUAAGGAAUACAUCUAAAAUUCAGUCUGCUUUAGAUAAAUGUAAUUCUCAACGUAUUUUUCAAAACAAAACUAAUGUUCAACAAACAGCAGCACACGAAAUCUACCAAGGUAUAGCUACAAAAUCUCUUAAGAGAUAUAAUGAUAAUAUGAAAUCACAGUUAAUCAAGCGCAAUAAAAAAUUUGCAGACAAAUAUAAUGUUGGAGAUUUUGUUCAUCUCAAAAUUCCUGAAAUUGACAGAACACACAGUGAUUGA